AUGAUGAGUCCUGAGACUGCUGGACGUAUCACUAAUUAUUAUUAUGGAUUGCCAUCGGAGCGCAAGCCAUUGCUUCCGCAGUCAUGGGAUAACAAGGUAUACCGGGUGGCAAGGAAGAUUAAGAAAGUAGGACAAGAUGAUCCACGGAGAAUAGUCCAUGGACUAAAAGUAGGUCUGGCUAUCACAUUGGCUUCCUUUUUGUUGUUCUACACCAAACCAUUCGAUCUUGUUGACCAGCAAAAUGGAAUUUGGGCUAUCAUGACAAUUGCUCUUAUCUUUGAGUUUUCUGUUGGAGCAACUCUGGGAAAAGGCUUAAACAGAAUGGUGGCAACGUCGUCAGCUGCUGCUCUAGGUGUUGGAAUUCAUAAAAUAGCAAUUCGUUCUUCAGGUACUAAUAAGGCAGGGAGGGCCACGGUGAUUGGAUUCUUCGUCUUUACCAUGGGUGCAAUUUGUACAUUUAUGAGAUUCGUUCCCGCGCUCAAGCCGUAUGAUUACGGGCUAAUGAUAUUCAUAUUGACCUUCUCCAUGGUAUCUGUAUCGGGUUACGAACCAGAAAAUUGGUUAAAAGACGUCCAAGACAGGAUAGUAACAAUCAUCAUCGGUAGCGUUAUCGCUAUUGUUGUAUGCAUCUGUAUAUGCCCUGUUUGGAAUGGAGAGGAUUUGCAAAAUUUGAUUGCUAAGAACAUAGAAAAGCUUGGGAAUUUCUUAGAAGGAUUUAAGGAUGAAUACUUUCAUAAGGGUGAAUACUUUCCAAAAUCAGAGGAUGGGCAGCCAUUGGAUAAUAAACCAUUUCUUAAAGGAUAUAAAAGCGUCCUUACUUCGAAAAGCAGUGAAGAAACUAUGGCUAAUCUAGCUAGAUGGGAAUGGCAAUAUCGUUUUGGGUUCAAGCAUCACUGGAAACAAUAUGUUAAAGUUGGAGCUUUAACACGGGAAUGUGCCUACAAAAUUGAAGCUCUUAAUAGCUACUUUAACUUUGAAUUCCAAGCCUAUGAGUUCAGAAGCAAAAUUCAAGAGCAAUGCAAACAGAUUUGCUCAGAAACUGGAAAAGCUCUAAAGGAAUUAGCAUCAGCAGUUAAAACUAUGACCAAACCAACAUCGGUCAAUAUCCACAUAGAAAAAUCAAAAGUCGCUUCUCGAAAGCUAAAACUUUUACUUGAUAUAAUCCUUUUGGAAGAUUAUAAUCUGCGAGAGAUUAUACCACCUGCGGCAGUUGCUUUAAUCCUAAUUGAUGUUGUACCAUGCAUCGAGAAGAUUGCCAAUGCAGUUCAUGAACUAGCCUACCUUGCACAUUUCAAGACACCAGACUCUAUACUAUCACCGUAG